AUGGAUCUCUACAAAGUCGACAACGACAAUACUGCUAAAGUUUUUUGGGCUUAUAGCACACUACUUAUCAAGAAAUAUCAGAGCGAAGAACUCAAAUUCGACACCGGUAUCCCAUUACCCCAGGGUGAUAGCAAGGAAGAUGUUAUCAAGCCCGUUGAACGUGUUGCUGUUAUCGGCGCGGGUGUUUCUGGCUUACGUGUGGCAAUGAAACUUGGUGCCAAUUACAAAGUUGACGUGUUCGAGGCGGCUGGUCAUGUUGGUGGUCGCCUUUACACGUAUAAAUUUCCACAUGGAGGCGAAUGGGAUUACUUUGACGUUGGCGCAAUGCGGUUCCCGUGCACUUCGGUCAUGAAAACAACCUACCAGCUUUUCAGAGAACUUGACAUCCCAUUACUUGAAUACCGUAUGAAUACCAGGGAAUCUUUCUUGUACUACAAUGGUAUUCGACGCCAACAAAGUGAUGCACAAGGUGAAGACUUUGGUGCUUGCCAAGCUCGAGGAGGCAAUGUUCCUGACGAAUGGGCGGACCAGGGCUACGACAGACUAAUGGAGAAUGUCUAUGCAAGGUGGCUGCAUAGACUGAGAACUGACUUCAAUGAUGCUCUUGAAUACCUUGUGGAACAUUACGACAAGCAUUCUACUCGUAGCUUGAUGGCAUUUGUGGAAUUUCCCGAAGUGAUAGAUAGCGAGACGGGUCAGGUCAUCUUCCCAGCAAAGAAGCUCUAUCCUACUACAGUCAUAAACUGGCUAGAGACUAUGACAUUCUCUGCUGGGUGGUUCGAUCGCGCUUUCGUUGAAACAAUCCUAGAGAUGUAUGCAUUUGCCGAAGGGUUACCAGACACCAAAUGGCGAUGCGUCAAGCACGGCUCGGAGAGGAUUACUGACGCAAUGAGGGAAAGGCUAGAAACGGACGAGACAUUCAAGGAGAAUGUCAAUAUCUAUCUACGUCAUCAGGUCACCUCUGUUGUGUUCAACAAGGCUUCUGGAGAGCUCACCAUUUCCGGGAAACACCGUACGAAGCCGGAUCUACCUGAUUUCGAUUCAUUCGUAAAGGCAGGAUACUCUCACGUUGUUUUGGCCGUUUCUCCCCAGGUCAUGCGAUUUAUCGAUCUCUCAACCUGCGAACUCGAUUACACUCAGAAGAGUGCCCUUCUCAUGCUCUCCCCUGGCCCAUCUACCAAAGUGGGAAUCAAAUUCAAGACCAAUUGGUGGAAAGAAAAAUUUGGGAUCAAUGGUGGACAGAGUAAGACAGAUCGACCAGUUCGUACUGUGGUGUAUCCAUCCCACGGGGACGGCCAAUCGACCGUGUUGAUUGCGAGCUACUGCUGGACUCAAGAUGCCUUAUCUAUGGGUGGGCUAAUGCAAGGAGAGGCAUCGUUCGACAACGAACGACUGAAGAAUGCCAUUUUACGAGACCUUGCGGAUGUUCAUGGCGUCGAUCUUAGCUUCUUGGAAGACCAGUUCCAGUCUAUGUAUGGUUUCGACUGGACUCACAACCCCAAGACAAUGGGUGCCUACGCAUUCUUCGGUCCAGGACAAUUUAGUACACUAUACAAGAGUAUGACUCGAUGCGCGGCUGACGGACGGUUACAUUUCGCCGGAGAGGCAGUCAGUACAUGUCAUGCGUGGGUUGCAGGCGCGUUGGAGAGUGCCGAACGAGUGGUUGGCCAGAUAGACCCCAGUUAUCUAACCAACCAGCCAGCUACUGCUGAAGGAGUGCCCCAUGGAGGAGCUGUGAAGAUUUCCCGAUCUUACUACCGAAAGAUUUGCUUUUGA